AUCGACGUGGAUUCAGUGACCACAUUAACUUUUCAAAUUAGACUUAAAGGAAUAGGGAUAUCAGUGAUUAAUAAGCGCAUGCAAGAAUUACUAUACGCUACAAUGCGUGGUUUGGAAUUUAAAUAUAGCGACUCGACGCUUUACCAAUCUAUUAAUUUUACUCUGAAAUGGCUCCAGAUUGAUAAUCAGCUAUACGGUGGACUUUGUCCAAUCAUACUAUAUCCAACGGUUAUCCCCAAAGAUACCAAAGAAACCGAAAUCCAUCCUGCUUUUCAAACAUCUCUUAUUAAGGCGAAAGAUGAAUGCAAGUUUUAA